AUGAUUUUGCUUACUAAAAAUUGUCAAUGCUUUUUAUUCUUUUUAAUUAGGAUUGUUCAUUUGAUCCUAGCAGAUCCUUGGGGUUUUGUCGAGGAUCCUUUAAAAGUUAAAGAUCAGUCGAAUGUAGGUGCAGCUCAAGCAUGGAUAUUUUCGACUUUCCGUCAAAUAUUCCGUCCCUUUAAUCCUUUAUCCUUUCUUCGUGCUGCCGGGCCUUUCGGGCCUAGCCUUAUCCACUAUUUCCGUCAGGAUCUAAGAGGGUUUUUCGAUCAAAGACCCAUUCGCGUGGAAGAGAUGACAGAAAUACCUCGAGCAGAAGAACUUGAAUCGACCCAGAAUUUUUCUUACGAUAAUCACAUUCAGUCAACUAAUGGUGAGGAUGAUGUUUUCAAGCUUCCAUCACCGAUCCACAGAACGAUGAAGACUGGGGGGACCGUCUAUGACAAAUCAAAUUCCAAUACAAUGGAUUCUAUUGAUUUAAACGAUUUGGAUGGGUCUGUAGCUUUGGAUUACGUCUAUCAUAUUAACUGUCAGCAUCCAAGGUACCAUUGUCUUAAUUACAUCUAUUGGUUUUUUAGCUGGACUAAACUGUUCACCAUCUGAUUACUGUUAUUUCGCAUAAAUAAGUUCGUGUUAUUCAAGAGUAGAAAGAAAAGUAAAUUGUUUAAGGGAUUGUAACUAUUUUUAACUUUUGUGAGGCUUUUUCAGAGGCUUUUCCUAAAUGUUUAAUUAUGUCAGGAUCAGUGGUCGUAUGUAGACAAUAAAAACCAACUUAUCCCGUCAAAUGAGAGUGAUUUCCCCCCUAUUUUCGUGUUAAAGUAACUAGAGGUUCUUUAUUUAAUUAGAUUUUUGGUUUAUUUAGCAAGAGUAAUUGAUUUUGUAACUGUUGUAUUGUAGGCUUUCACACAUUUUUGUGGUGAAUAGUUUCUUCAACUUAUGACGGC